AUUAUACAAAGAGUACGCUGUACCGUUCGCAUGACCCGAACUGUCCCGUCAAACACUGCUGAGCGUCUCCCUGUAGCACAUCCCGUGAAGCUCGUCUGCACAACAUCAACCGUGUACAACACAAAGAUCUCUCCCACAAUGGAAGACGGCCGAGAAUCAGCCGCGAUGAAGGAGCGGGAGAGAAAGGAACGACAGAUAGAUCAGUGGUGUUACACGGUUGAUGAUGGUAGAGGUUUAGAGAACGCAGACAGUGACAUUGGCCUGUGUGGAUGGAUCCUGGUGGUCUUCUCUAUUUUGCUUACACUGCUCACACUGCCUCUCUCCAUAUGGAUGUGCAUUAAGAUAGUGAAGGAAUAUGAAAGGGCGAUUAUCUUUCGUCUGGGUCGCAUUUUACGAGGCGGAGCCAAAGGACCAGGCCUUUUCCUUAUCUUGCCCUGCACCGACAGCUUUAUUAAUGUGGAUAUGCGCACCAUCACCUUUGAUAUUCCACCUCAGGAGGUGCUGACAAAAGACUCAGUGACAGUGAGUGUAGAUGGUGUGGUUUAUUAUCGUGUACAAAAUGCCACGCUGGCGGUCGCUAACAUCACCAAUGCUGACGCAGCCACACGUCUGUUGGCACAAACCACCCUGAGGAAUGUUCUGGGCACAAAGAACCUGUCAGAGAUCCUGUCUGACCGAGAGGAAAUUGCCCAUAGUAUGCAGUCUACUCUGGAUGAUGCCACAGAUGAUUGGGGUAUUAAAGUGGAACGUGUGGAGAUCAAGGACGUCAAACUGCCCCAGCAGCUCCAAAGAGCAAUGGCAGCUGAAGCUGAAGCAGCCAGAGAGGCCAGAGCUAAGGUGAUCGCAGCAGAAGGUGAAAUGAAUGCAUCCCGGGCGCUGAAGGAGGCAUCUCUGGUGAUCGCCGAGUCCCCUUCCGGUUUGCAGCUCCGCUACCUCCAGACCCUCAACACGAUCGCAGCGGAGAAGAACUCCACCAUCAUCUUCCCUCUGCCCAUUGACAUGAUUCAGUCUUUUAUGAAGCACUGAUAGAGUCACACAAACACACACACACAUCCAUGCAGAAGUCAACAGGACAAAAUUAUAUAACGUAAUCUGUUUAUAGUGGGGUCCAAAAGUCUGAGACCAAACCUGGGAUUCCAACCAUGGAUUAAACAAUGUAGGAUUUUUCAAACAAAUCAUAAUUCAAGUUUAAACAAGUUUGGGACAAAUGGUGGUUCCUUUGUGCAAAAGGUCAGAUUAAAUUUAGAUUUUGGUUAAACUUGCACAGUCCGUCGCAACUCGAGUGCAUGCUAUUAUGAAAGCAAAAGAACAUGCCAAACACUAAAAAGUGAUUUUAAACGCUGAUACUGUCAUUUUAUUGAACAAGAUAUCAAGCCUUUUUUUAAAGGGACAUAAGGAGGAUUUACCCCCAUCUAGUGGUGAAAUUGUAUUAUGCAUUCAAACGAACAGUGCUCUCUAGCGCCUCGCUUUUCCAAAUGCGUGUUGCAACUACGGUAGCCGUUAUGUAAUCACUGAUCUCCUUGUCCGUUUCAGCUGGUUCACGUGCUCUGAAUAAAAACGCAUUGGUAGGCUAGUGCUUUUUGUCCCUCUCUGCUAUUAUAGUUUAUCAAUACGGCGGAACGACAUGGAAGCCUCCUUGGACUUACCCGUUCAAUGUGUGUAAAAAGAAGAAAUUCUAAGCUUACAAAGAAAAGUCAGAUCACUGGCAGAGGUCAUUUGACACCAACGAGGACAUAUUUAUGAGUAAAGGCAUUGAUUUUGAUUAAUAAAACACUUAAAACCCUACUUAAUGUCCCUUUAAGGCUUUUAAGUCUCAGUGUUUUAGACCCCACUAUACAAACACUGCAUAAUACUCAAAGACAUUCUCUGAUGUAUGACCUGUAGAUGUUUCCAGUAAAAAUUAAGAAACCCACCUUAUUUCAAGACUCAAAUUGGUGUUAUGAAAGUUUGAAGUGCAGUUUUCACACCGAAAAUUACAGCGAUACCUAUUCUAUUGAUUGAUAAUUUAGGGAACAUCUGCUUGUCAUAUGAGUGUAUAUGUGUGUGUAUGUGUUUUUCCAAGCAUGCUUAACCAAAUCCAAAUAGGUCAUAAACAAUAUAAAAGAGAUAUUUAGAUAGUAUCAGAUGUCGAGACAUGAAUUGACAGCUGUGCUUAUUGUGCCUAACAGUUUUUCUCCCAGAGAAAAUGUAAUUACCACCGUCUAUCAAUACAUAAAGCCUUAAGCCAUAUUAAUUUAAAUUGAGGCAAUAUUUACAUGUUUACAUGGCUCUUUUUUAAACCAGGGGUUUAGCAUUUAUAUGGAUUUCAUAUGACAUCAUGCUUAUUUUAUCAUGACUCAAACUUGUAUUUCAAUGCUUCGGAUCAUUGCUGCUGGAUAUUUUCAUAUGUAAUUUAAUCUUUGUAAUCAGAAUAGCAGUGGUUAAACAGAUGAAGACAGAACACAGGUCAUUGUUUGUUUUUGUUAUGAGUGUAUUUGCUGCUUUAUAUAUCAGCAGAUUGAAUUACAGAAUAUUUUCAGAGCUCAUUAAAGAUGUGAAUCAGCUUGUAAGCUUAUAAAGGCUGGUGAUAAAAUAUAUUAUUCAAAUAUUUUAAGCUUCAUCCGUCUGUUACAAAUCUAUAUAUAUGUAUAAAUCUAUAUUUUGUGUUUUAACUGAUGAUCUUUUUUGCUUGACCACUCACUUUCAUGUACAUUUUAAUACUAAAUGUUUUUUUUUUUUGGCACUGUAUUUGUAUGCAUAUCAUGUAGCAUAAUUUUUUGAAUUGCAAUUUCUUUCAUUUCCUUUAAUAGAUCAUGUUGUGUCGUCAUAUUUCAAGACUUCUAAGUACAUAAACUCUUUAUCUUCAAAAAAAUUGUUGAUUUAUUGAAUGACUGAUUUGAAGAACACUCUGGAAACGUU